AUGAAAUUCCUUCUUUACUUCUUCUUUCUCAUUUCUCUCCUCUUUUUGGCAUCCACUCUCCAGGUUGAGACCGAGACUGAAGACAAGCUCGAGAACAUCGCGCCCAUCGACGAGCCCAGUCUGCCUGACAACAUGAUCACUCCCGACUUCGACGAUGAUUAUGACAGCCAGCAGGACGUGGAUCCCAACGCCGAGCCCAACAGUAUCGAACCACGCAAGUGUGUCGGAGUAGCGCUGCCGCAGCAAUACCAACGACUGUGUCUGGAAAUGCUCGGAUGA